CACUACAUAAAUGUAUGCAAAAAAGAGUACUUCGAUUUGCGUUUGCAAUUGCAUAGGUAUUAACAUUUUACAUCAUUAAUGUAGUUUUUAGUGUCAAUUUUAUCUUCAUUUCUUUCGAAUUUCAAUUUCCCAGCUCAGAAUGUAACUCAAAAUAUCCCCUUUUUGCUGUAAUUAACUUAGUCACUCACUAACCCUUUUGAGAUUUUCAAGAAAAUCAGCAAUUUCUUGAUUUUCUUCCCUUGUAAGGAGAGGGAACGAUGAAUAAGGAUGUUGUUGAUGCUGGCAUGGGCAGAAGAGGCAGGUGUGGUGAAAGAGCUUUGAAGGGUAAACGCUAUUGUGAGAAGCACUAUGUGUAUAGGGAGCAGUGGAAGGAGGAAAUGAGGUUGAGGAAGAGGAAGAGAAAGAGGAGUGAAAAUGGGGGUGGAAGUGAAGUGGGUUUGAAGGGAAAGAAGCAAAAGGAGGGGGAGGAGGAUGUAAGUGAAGAAGAGAGUGCAGUAAAAAAUGAUGUUGAUUUGAGUUUGGGAACUAAGUGUUUGGAUUUUCGGCUUGAGGAAAUUGGAGGUUUGUUUGGUGAAGGAGCUGAGAGUCGUCUGUGUUGUUUUUGUGAAGUGGGUGGAGGGAAUGAAGGUAAAAUCUUGGACCAUUUUGGUGGUGAUGAGGUAUAUCUGGGGAAUGGAUUGUGUUUAGGUGGAGCUUCAAGUGGGUUUGGUGGUGGUGGUGGUGAGGUUCUUGUUGGGAAUGGUGAAGAAAUGGGUGUUAGUAAUGAUGAUGUGCAACUUGAUAUCAAGGGCUUGGAGUCACCUAAGGAUGAAGCUGAAAUUGGUGGUGGGGGUUUUGAUUGUAAGAUAAUUGAGGGCUUGUUUGACGAAGUAAGUGGUGGAAUUGAGGGUUUUGGGUCUGGCGAUAAAGAAAUUGAGAGUCUUUUUACUGAAGUGAAUGGUGGUGGUGGUGAUGGAAAUGGGGUUAUAAAUUUGUUUGGUGAAGGGUUUGGUUCAUUUGGAAGUCAGUGUUGGUGUGGGAAAUCUGCAUGUGUUAGUCUUGAUGGUGUUGGAAUUCAAGGCCUGUUUGGUGAAAUAUCAUUUGGAAAUGGAGGUGAAACUCCUUGCAUAGAAGAAACUCAAGAAGCGCAUCAACCUGUAAAUGGAGUUGCAAACGGCGCAGAAAAUGAAAUGCUAAAGAUAAAGCAUAAGCGUGGGAGGCCAAAGGGUUCAAAAAAUAAGAUUAAAGUUUCUGGGCCUCAGGAAUGUAAUGAAGCGAUGAGUAAAGCUGAUGAUGAUACUAAGAGUGAUGACCUCGUGAGCCCAAGGAAGAAGCUUGGUCGGCCAAAGGGUUCAAAGAAUAAGGUAAAGAAAAUUUUUGAAGGUCAAAAUCAAGAAAUGUCUGAUCAAAUUGUGAGCGGCAAUAAUGGUGGUGAUGAAAAUUCUCUGACACCAAAAAUUGAGGGGACUACUGUUGGAUUUGUAGAAGUUAAGGUUAUGACAGGUGAAGUCACUGUUGUUAAUGGAGAUGUUCAUGUGAUUGUCCAGACAAAGCCUACGCGUGGACGACCAAAGGGUUCCAAGAAUAAGAAGAAUAUAAUUGCUGGUGAAGAUCAGGGAAUGCUUAGUGAAAUCGUGGGCAGUAAUGAUGCUGAAGAAGAUAAAAAGCAUUAUGAAGGGGAGGGUUCCGAGAAUAAGGAGGAAGUUUUUGUUGAUAGUAAUCUAGAAAUGCCCGGUGAGAUUGAGGCAAUUAUUGGUGUUGAAAUUAUUGAACAGCCUUCCAGAGGGGAUGAGAUUGUGCAGUCAAAGAACAACCCAGGAAUACCAAAGGAUUCGCAAACCAAGGAAAAAAGCUGUACAGGAGAAGAAAAUCACGGAGUGAAUGAUGGUCCUGAUGAGAGGCAAAGUAGUAAGCGAGGCCGACCAAAGGGUGCUAAGAAUAAGAGAACAGUUCUUUUUGGUGAAGCUUUGAAUAAGAUUUUAGUGCAGCAGAAUCAGAAGCAAAUGCCUCCUGUCGAGGUAGAACACAAUAAGGAAAAAGAUUUGAUGAAGAUGGAUGUUCUGAUUGGAGAUGGAGUGGCUGUCAGUCAUUUUGAAACAAAAGCACCCUUAUUAACUAGCAAUUCUGGGAAUGCUCAAAAGAGGCCUAGAGGAAGGCCGAGGAUGGUCUGCAACCAAUCAGAAAACUCAAAGUCAAUAGUUGCUGGGAGCUGCAACAUGGAGCAGAGAAGUUUGAUGUGCCACCAAUGUUUGAGGAGUGAUAGGACUGGUGUAGUUAUUUGUUCCAGUUGCAAAAGGAAGCGCUAUUGCUAUCAGUGUGUUGCAAAAUGGUACCCAGAGAAAACAAGAGAGGACAUAGAGAUUGCAUGUCCAUUUUGCAGGGGCAAUUGCAAUUGCAGAGUGUGCCUUAAGGAAGAUUUGGUUGUGCUGGCUGAAUGUAAAGAAGCAGAUACAAAUGUCAAAUUGGAAAAGUUGCUAUACUUGUUAAAUAAAACUCUGCCUCUCCUGAGGCAUAUCCAACAGGAGCAGAGCCUUGAAUUGGGAAUAGAAGCCAACAUCUGUGGAUUGCAGUUGACAGAGGAUGACAUAAUGAGAUCUUUACUGGACGAUGAUGACAGGGUAUAUUGUGACAAUUGCAGCACGUCAAUUGUUAAUUUCCACAGAAGCUGCCCCAAUCCUGAUUGUUCUUAUGAUCUCUGCCUUACUUGCUGUGGAGAAAUGCGAAAAGGUGUUCAACAUGGAGGUAUUGAAGAGGUGCUUUCUGAACAGCAGUUUGCUGAAAAAGCAAAUGGUCAGGUUACAGAUUUUGACAGCCAAAUUUCUGCAGACAAGAUAGUGAAGACAUCAUGCAACAUUCCUGAUUGGAGAGCAGAGGCUAACGGUGAGAUUCCUUGUCCUCCCAAAGCACAGGGAGGUUGUGGUAGUCAGAUGCUUGCACUAAGACGCAUCUUUGAUACUAAUUGGAUUGAGAAGUUGAUUAAGACUGCAGAGGACCUGACUACCAAUUAUAAGUCGCUGGAUGUUGUUUCUCAAGGAUGUUUUUUGUGCAAUCAUGUAGAUUCUGCUGAAAAUGGGGUAAAAUCUUUUGAAGUUAGGCAGGCAGCUUAUAGGGCCGACAGUCAGGACAAUUAUCUAUACUGCCCGAAUGCUACUCAGUUGGGAAACAAUGACAUCAAGCAUUUUCAAAUGCACUGGAUGAGAGGUGAACCUGUGAUAGUUAGAAAUGUGCUUGAAAAGACUUCUGGUCUUAGUUGGGAUCCAAUGGUCAUGUGGAGGGCUUUUCGAGGGGCAGAAAAGAUUUUAAAAGAGGAGGCUCAUAAGGUUAAAGCCGUUGAUUGUUUUGAUUGGUGUGAGGUUGAAAUCAAUAUUUUUCAGUUCUUUAAGGGCUACUUAGAGGGUCGUAGUUAUAGGAAUGGUUGGCCAGAAAUGUUGAAGUUGAAAGAUUGGCCUGCAUCAAAUUCAUUUGAAGAGUGUUUACCAAGGCAUGGUGCUGAAUUCAUUGCUAUGCUUCCAUUUGCUGAUUAUACCCAUCCAAAAUCUGGUGUUCUGAAUCUUGCUACAAAGCUUCCUUCUGUUCUGAAGCCAGACUUGGGACCCAAAACAUACAUUGCUUAUGGGUCUUUAGAAGAACUUGGUAGGGGUGAUUCAGUGACAAAACUACAUUGUGACAUUUCUGAUGCGGUCAAUAUACUGACUCACACAGCUGAAGUGAAAAUUCCUCAAUGGCAACACAAAAUCAUAAAAAGGUUACAGAAAAAAUACAAUGAUGAAGACCUGCAGAAGCUUUAUGGUAUGGUAAAAAAAGCAUCAGGUAAAGUUGGAAGGAAGAGGCGGAAAAAACAUAAGUCAAAUACAAAUUUGAUUGAACAAACUGGAUCUUGCAAUUGCAGAAAUUUUCAGGAGACAGAUUUCUCCUCAGAUGAGAACUCUUCGCCUGCCAUGAAAGAAUCAUGUUCCAUAUGCAAGAAUGUGGCCGGGAGAGAUCUCCUGCUGCAGGGUGAGACAAGUUCCAGUCACAGUCAUUCUCAUGAGCCCUAUGCUCAGAAUGAAAUGAAUGAAAGUGAUUCAGAUCAUCAAGAAUAUGUUAUAUCUUCGGGGUUCAUGGAGACUAGCAAGCCUGUAAAGGGGAAAGAUAGUUCUAUGGUGACAUUUUCUGGCACUGACAGAGAUCAAGGCACAAAGUCAGAUCAAGCUGAGACAGAUGCAACUCCAGACUGUUUUGCUAAAAGCAUGGAUGCAGCUGGGAGUAACCUUUCCUUGCCAGACAGGGUUGAUGCUGGGCAGAGCUACCCUAGAGUUGAGGAAUUUCAUCCAGUUCAUGUAGUUUAUGGUAAUCAAGAAACAAUUGAGGGAAGUCUGUAUAAUCAAGACUGUCAUCCUUCUACUAUAGCGGGGGAAAUGAAGCCUGCCAGCAGUAUAGAUCCUAUGGAGGCAACAUGUUUUGGAAAUGGAGUCAAUUGUUCAGGAUCAGACUCCCCAGGUACAAAUGCAAAUAGAGAUUCUGUUGAAGUCAAUCAAACUUCCGAGGUUGUAUAUGGUGGUGCUGUUUGGGACAUUUUUCGUAGGCAGGAUGUGCCUGAUUUAGUGAAGUACUUACACAACCAUCAGAAAGAAUUCCGCCAUAUUGAUAAUCUUCCUGUGAAUUCUGUUAUUCACCCCAUCCAUGACCAGAUCCUAUAUCUAAAUGAGAGACAUAAAAAACAGCUGAAGGAGGAGUUCAAUGUUGAGCCUUGGACCUUCGAGCAACACCUUGGGGAGGCUGUUUUCAUUCCUGCAGGAUGCCCACAUCAAGUAAGAAAUAGACGGUCAUGCAUUAAGGUUGCCCUUGACUUUGUAUCCCCUGAUAACGUCCAAGAAUGCAUUCGCUUGACAGAGGAAUUCCGUUUGCUUCCUAAAGGUCAUAGAGCUAAGGAGGACAAACUAGAGGUGAAGAAGAUGGCGAUUUAUGCUGUUAGUGCUGCUGUUAGUGAAGCUAAAAGCAUUGCUUCAAAAUUAAAUUCAUCAUCAGGAGACAAGCAAGCCCAGAAGCAGCUGUUUUAACAGAAGCUGUCAACAGUAAAUUUGUUGCUGCGUUGAACAAUUACUGUUAAUCAGUAGUUUUGUGUUAAUUCAGACCAGAUUGUUGUUCAAAUGUAUCUCUCAACUAAUGAUUUUCUGGGACAUAGUAAUAGUGCUUCUGCUUCUCUUUACAGAGCAGUUUUUAGUAAA